CACUAUAAAUAAUAAUCAACUCUACCUUCAUUCUCCAUCACUCAUUCCCUGCCUUAGAAACCAAAAUGGCUCAAAUCAUUGUACCCAGCAACAUAUUUCUAACCCUUCUUAUUGUAGCUGCAGCUGUAGGUCGGUAUGUGGAGGCACAAAAUUGUGGGUGUGCUUCAGACUUGUGUUGUAGCAAAUAUGGGUAUUGUGGCACAAGUGAUGACUACUGCGGCACCGGGUGCCAAGCAGGGCCGUGCAAGACGGCACCUCUAACCCCGAGCACUAGCGAUGUGUCGGUGGCUGACAUCGUCACGCCCGAAUUCUUCAACAGCAUAAUUGGCCAAGCCGAGGCAAGCUGUGCCGGCAAGAACUUUUAUUCCCGAGCUACCUUUCUUGAGGCUCUCAAGUCUUAUGAUCAGUUCGGUAAGAUUGGCUCCAUUGACGACUCUAAGCGUGAGAUUGCUGCCUUCUUUGCCCAUGUCACCCAUGAGACUGGACAUUUCUGCUACAUAGAA